CUAACCGGCAGCUGUUCCGCCUCAUGUACCCCACGAUAACCGCCGCCCUUCGCCCCGCCGCGCCCUACUACAUCAACACCGCGUGGCCCACCAUGACAUUCGCUCGCAUUGCAUCAUCUCCGCGCCCAACUGGUGCACCAAAAACCGCAAAAUGUCGACCAUAGACCUGCCAUUGACGCGCGAGUCCAUCGGCGCUGCGCAUACCCUGAUCAAAUCACACAUCCACUCUACGCCAGUGCUCACCAACACCACCCUCUCAAACCUCGCAUCGACGCCACAAACCCCGGAAGCACUGAAGGGAACACCAUGGGAGGGUCAGGAGCCUGCGAACCCCAAGAUCAGGUUGUUCUUCAAGGCGGAGAACUUCCAGAAGAUCGGGGCAUUCAAGGUCAGAGGCGCAUUUCAUGCGGUCUUGAGGCUGGUCGAGGAGAAGGGAAUUGAGGAGGUUAGGAAGAAGGGAGUGGUCACACACAGCUCCGGCAAUCAUGCUCAGGCCCUCGCUCUCGCUGCCCGCAUCCUCUCGAUCCCCGCCCACAUCGUCAUGCCCUCCAUCUCCACAUCCAGCAAGAUCUCUGGCACCCGCGCGCAGGGCGCCAUCAUGCACUUCUCCGGCUCCACGGCCUCCGAGCGCGAAGCCGUCGUCGCAGAAGUCAUGAAAGACACUGGCGCGACCCUGAUCCCGCCAUACGACCACCCGCACAUCAUGAUCGGUCAGGGCACCAUGGCACUGGAAAUGGAGCAGGAGGUCGCGAAGCUGCUGGAGGAGAAGCCGGAGCUCAGCGCCCACUUCAAAGACGGGCAGCAAGGAGGCAAGGUACUAGACGCUCUCAUCGCGCCCUGCGGCGGCGGGGGCAUGCUCUCCGGCAAUGCGAUCUACUUCCACGGCACGCCCACGCGCGUCUUCGGCGCCGAGCCGGAGUUCGAGGGCGCCGACGAUGCGCGCCGCGGUGUCGCGGCCGGCGAACGCAUCACCUCUGUUAAGACGCUCACCAUUGCGGACGGGCUGCGCACAAACCUUGGCCCGCAUACGUGGAAGGUCAUCUCGGACAAAGAGUAUGUGGCUGGCCUGUACGCAGUCACGGAGCAGAACAUCAAAGACGCGAUGCGCCUCGUGCUCGAGCGCAUGAAGUGCUUCGUCGAGCCUAGCGCGGUCGUCGGCCUGGCUACCGUGCUGUACAACGAGGAGUUCAGGAAGAUGGUGGAGAAGGAGGCUGGCGAGGAGGGCUGGGAUAUUGGGUUGAUUUUCAGCGGCGGCAACACAACUAUCGAGGCUAUCGUGAAGAUGUUUGGCAACGUUGGAGAGGAUGAGAAGCAGAGGGAGGCAGGCGUGGUAGGUGCCGACGGCAAGAAGGAGGUUGAGAAUGUUGCGGGGUGAAAACGGGGAGGAGCCGUGAAAUUCCGUAGGAGCGCCCGGAGGCUCUUGUUGCGCACAGGGCGCUCUACUAGGGGCGAGAUGCUGCUGUAUGCUGGCUACACACGAUUGAUGCAAUGAGAUCACGUAACUAUCAAGGAUCAUAUGACAACUCAAGUGAAAC